GUUGCCGGAAGUGACGUUCGGGUUCUGAGCCUUAAAGAAGAAGCAUUUUUAUCCCCGAUGUUUAUGAUUCGCUAUAGAUUCCCUGUUUCUCGCUUAGCAGCCCGAGCCCCUCUGAGCUUGAACACUAGAAAAACUUUUAAUCCGUAACUUGGGAUCGGACUGGCCGUUGAAAAGCCCCUCUGCAGAGUCAGUCACCUCAGGGGUCUGGACAAAAAUAGUGUGGAAUCUGCAGCGAGGAAUCGUGAAGCACUUAGGAGCCUGCCGCUUUGAAGGGCUGGCCCGGCGCGUGGCGCGCCGCGACCCACUGUUUAAAUACAAACGGUCGUCGCGAGGGGUGCGCCUCGGUGCCGGCGUCGGGACACAGCGACGCGUUGCUGGAGUCUGGGCUCCACUGGCUACCACUGGUCGCAUAUGCUACCUCCCUCUGUCCUUGCUGUGCGGGGCCAGAGGCCUUCGGGGCCCACUUGUUUGCUUGGCGGCUGCUGGCGAGGCUGCGCCCCAGGUUAAGCAGGGGAAGCCUCUCUCCUGCUGCCUUGACCGAAACCACGGGCGGGAGCGAAUGACCAGAUCCAACCUGUACUUGUAUCUUACUCUUCUUCAAAAUAUUUAUUCUGCUGGUACUGAAGAGGAUGUGUUCCAAGGACAUACUUUGUUGUCAGAAAUUCCAUUAUCGGAGGUAGAAAUAAUAUGAGACAUUGAUAUGUUCCAGGACUUCAGAGAAAGGAAAGAUACCACAAAGUGUUAAAUAAAGCAAAGUUGCAUGCAGUAGAAAGAUGGGAUAUACAUCUAGAAGAAUUAAAGGAAGUUUUUGAAAAGAGAUAUAUUUAUAUUAAAGUUAUAGAAUGUCUUAGAGGAAAAGUUACCAGGAGAAGAAUCAUAUUAAAAUAGGAGCUUCAUUUCCAGAGGAUUCAUUUUUCAAGGUGAAAAAUCAGAUCAUUUCAAAAGCUGGAGCUGAAUGUGAUGUUAAAUAAUGGCAACUGGUGACUUAAAAAGAAGCUUACGGAACUUAGAACAAGUGCUUCGCUCGCUAAAUUAUCCUAAAGAAGUGGAUUGUGUAGGUUUGGUAAAGGGAGAUACAACUGCAUCUUUGCCCAUCAUCAGCUAUUCCCUUACCUCAUACUCACCUUAUGUAGCAGAACUUCUGAUGGAAUCCAAUAUAGAGCUCAUAGCGAAGAAUGACUUACGCUUUAUAGAUACUGUCUACAAGCUUCUUCGUGAUCAAUUUAAUUAUAAACCAGUUUUGACAAAAAAGCAGUUUCUCCAGUGUGGGUUUGCAGAAUGGAAAAUCCAAAUUGUUUGUGAUAUUUUGAAUUGUGUGAUGAAGAAGCACAAGGAAUUGAGUAGUUUUGAGAAGGUUCCAUCACAACAAAGAAAGAAAAUCAGUUCUGUUAAGUCAGAACCUUCUUCAAGCACUGAGAAGACAUCUACAGAAUCUGUUGGCAUUGAUAUCACUGGCAGAUUUAUGACUUCAGGAAAGACAAAAGCUGUAGUGAUCCGUCACCUGUAUAAUGAAGAUGGUGUUAACGUUCCUGAAGAUACGAUAAGUACAGUAACAGAUGUUAGCGGAGCAUUUGAUGUGUGUGACUUAAAGACUACUGAAAUAAAGGUUCCUGAAGUAAAGUUCCCUGAAAUCAAGUCUGAACAACAAGAUAUUAAAAUUAAUCAUGAGAUUACUGCACUACAGACUAUGCUUGCUGAAUGCCAAGAAAAACUUAAGAAACUGACUUUGGUAGAGAGUAGAUUAGACUCUUUGGAAGAAAAAAUGAAAGGAAAAGUGAUGGUAAAUGAAAAAACCUGGGCUAAUCUUCUAAGUCGUGUCACUCUUCUUGAAACAGAAAUGCUUUUGUCUAAAAAGAAUGAUGAAUAUAUAAACUUUGGUCAAGUGAAUGAAGACUAUGAAUCCAGUAAUGACUUGGAUAUUCUGAAUUCUGAUAGAAAAGGCAAAGAGGAGAGGCAAACGAGUGUUCCUCUAUCCUCUGGUUAUAGUACAGUGUCAUCAGAUUCAAUUCCCAGAACCCCAAUGGUUUGUUACUGUGGUCUGAAAGAGAAUUCAGAGGAAACAACAAUCCAGAAAAUGGAAAGGAUGAAAAAAAUGUUUGAAGAAACUGCAGAGUUACUGAAAUGUCCAAAUCACUAAUUAUAGAAUUUUCUGCGUGAACUUCUCUAGGACUUUGGCUACUGUACAUGUUGUAUAUUUUAAGGAUUUUCUAUAAAUUUUAACAUACUGCAAUAUUUUUAUGAAGAAUUUUUGAAUUCCAUUUGGUAUAUGAGUUUUUUUCGAUAUUGAGUAAAUACUUAAAUAUUUUUAUGCUACGAUUACACUGCUUUACUGUAUUUUACUUUUUUAAGGAAAACUUAUGUGCCAGUAUGUGUCUUUUACAGAGUGAAGUCAUUAUAGCACUGUAUUUUUGUGUUGACAUUUGUUGGCAGUGUGCUAAGUAAUAUGUUUUUUAAAGUAGAGGCUUGUGGACCAUGGUUUACAUCCUGUUGGAAACACUCCAGCUGGGACUUGCAUAUUGUACCCAGGAGGCUCUCGUGCAUACCAUCUUGCCAUCUGUACCAACUAAUAUGUUGUAAUGAAAAAUCAAAAAUGCUCAUUGCAAAUUAAAUAAAAAUAUAAUUUUAAUGUUAAUCAAAAAGCAGCAGUACAUUUCAGUUAACACUGAGAAAGUAAGGGUAUGAUUCUCCUUUUGUAUUUGGAAAUAGGUCAGAAAGUUCACCAUGAGAAAUGUGUUGAGUAUUUUAGUGCUCUAUUCCAUAACACAUUUUAAGACCAGCAGCACAGACACAGAUGGUGGCCAUCCAGUAUUACAAGGUACACAGUAAGGUCUUUUUGGGUUUUUUAGGUGAUGGGAAGUUAUAUAUUUUUCUAGAGAGAGAAAAGGUCUUAGAUGAAGUUACACCAAGAGAAAAAAAUGAAAUUCACUUGAAAUUACUAGAGAAAUUAUCUUUUUUUAUCUCUAUAAAUUAAAAAGUGUAAUAAUAGCCCUGGGUAAUCUAUAAGAAAAUUGACUACAUUAUUUUGAAGGAAAAAAGGAGUAUUUUUUCUUUUUUAUUAUUGUUUAGAUGAUCUAAUUAGAUUUUAUUUGUUCAUCUGUUUAUAGUCUAUAUGUUCAAUUUGAUAGUUGUCACGUGAAAUAUUAACGUUUCGUUAAAAUUCUGUGUGGAAAUAACUUUUAAGUAUUUUUAGUAUUCUAGUACAUAGUUAUUAGGCUUUAAGAAUUUUUAAAGUUAGCCUACAACUUUAAAAAUUAGUAUUAAGUAGAUAUCUCUAGAAUUGAUGAAUCCAAUUAGCUAUAUUUUUUCAAUUAUAAAAGGUUUAUAAAACUCAAGAUAUUACAGUCAUAAAAGGAAAAAUACUGCUUUUAUAUUCUAAAAUAUCAGUACCAACAUGGAACUAUAGCACCACCUUGUGGUUCAUAUAUCAGUAUUUUACCUUUUAUUAAAACAAGUGAUUUCCCAUAAAACGUACUUUAUAUUUCCUCUUUUGAGAAACUCAAUUCCAAUUAAAAAAAAAAAAAAAAAACCUUUUUCAAGUUUUCUUGUUUAAAACAGAAGAAAAAAAUGUCCCCUUUUCUCUUUGUCUCUUUUUUCCCUUCCUGUCCUUUUGUUUUAUAUAGUAUACAUAUACAGUACAUAGGUGUGAACUUAUACAACAUAGGUGUGAACUGCCUGGAACUGCCCAGAUCCAUUUUAACAUGGAUUUUUUACAGCACAGUACAGUAAAUGUAUAUUCUUUUCCUUAUGAUUUUCUUAAUGACAUUUUCUUUUCUUAUUGCAAUACAGUGUGUGAUACCUAUAACAUAAAAAAAAAAUGUGUUGCAUAGCAUUAAGUUAUUGGUAAGAAUUCUGGUCUACAGCAGGCUAUUAGUAGAUAAGUUUUUGAGGAAUCCAAAGUUAUAUGCAGAUUUUUGAUUGUGUAGAGGGUAGACCUCCCCAACACCCUUGUUGUUCAAGAGUCAACUGUGCAUAACAAUUAGAUGAUUUGAAACUUCUUUAAUCCUAAUUUGCAUAUAGUAUAUGCAAAUAUACUAUAAGUAUAAGGAACUAUUGAAAAUGUAGUAAAAGUUGUUUUAUAUUAUCAAGUAGAAAUUUGGAAUUCAAUCUUAAAAAUAUUUUUGUCUAACAACGUGAAACAAAAACUAAAAAAGUCAACUCGUAAUAACACUAUACAUUUACACUUAUACUACCCUGACAACAUAGUUUUUGUGGAAAACAAAGCUAAUUUGACUUUGAAGUUAUUGAAGUGAUAGCCAAAUUAUUAUUUUACUCUUAUUAAAGUUUUCUCUCAAACAAUUUGGUUAGUAGCUUGUAACCUUAAACCCCUUUUGAUUAAUUUGAGGGUCUUGAGAAAGUGACAAAGGAGAAUCCUGGAGAGAUUAUUUGGAGCUAUGUUAUUAAACCCUUAAUUGGAAUUUUCACUAACUCCAUCCCCUUAAUUCUCCCAUAACCCAGAUGAGAAGUAUUUAUUUUACUACCAGCAGAGGCAUCUGCAGCUUGUGCUGCCCUGUCUAUACUAGAGAAUAGGUCUGGAUGAAGAUUAUAUAGGAACACUAUAAAGAAUGAGUAAGGGAAAGUACUAGUCAGAGUAGAUUAAAGAAAAGUAACAUCAGCUGUGUGAAAAAUCCUAGGCAAAGAUAAGGAUUAAUAAGUUAGAAAAAGUUCUAUAUUUUUUGUUUGUUUUAUUGUAGCAUUUUUAGUGUGAUGUUUUAACAUGGAAUAAAUAUACUCACUAAAAAAUAAAACUUGGAACUGUG